AUGGUAAUUAUCAACAGUGAAAAAAAGAAAGAAAAGAAAAGCCCCUCGAGAAGCCCCUCGAGAAGCCCCUCGGGAAGCCCCUCGGGAAGCCCCUCGAGAAGCCCCUCGAGAAGCCCCUCGGGAAGCCCCUCGGGAAGCCCCUCGGGAAGCCCCUCGGGAAGCCCCUCGGGAAGCCCCUCGGGAAGCCCCGAGAAGCGCCUCGGGAAGCCCCUCGAGAAGCCCCUCGAGAAGCCCCUCGAGAAGCCCCUCGGGAAGCCCCUCGGGAAGCCCCUCGAGAAGCCCCUCGGGAAGCCCCUCGAGAAGCCCCUCGAGAAGCCCCUCGGGAAGCCCCUCGGGAAGCCCCUCGGGAAGCCCCUCGAGAAGCCCCUCGGGAAGCCCCUCGGGAAGCCCCUCGGGAAGCCCCUCGAGAAGCCCCUCGGGAAGCCCCUCGGGAAGCCCCUCGGGAAGCCCCUCGGGAAGCCCCUCGGGAAGCCCCUCGGGAAGCCCCUCGGGAAGCCCCUCGGGAAGCCCCUCGGGAAGCCCCUCGGGAAGCCCCUCGGGAAGCCCCUCGGGAAGCCCCUCGAGAAGCCCCUCGGGAAGCCCCUCGGGAAGACCCUCGAGAAGCCCCUCGGGAAGCCCCUCGGGAAGCCCCUCGAGAAGCCCCUCGGGAAGCCUCUCGGGAAGCCCCUCGAGAAGCCCCUCGGGAAGCCCCUCGGGAAGCCCCUCGGGAAGCCCCCUCGGGAAGACCCUCGAGAAGCCCCUCGGGAAGCCCCUCGGGAAGCCCCUCGAGAAGCCCCUCGAGAAGCCCCUCGGGAAGCCCCUUGGGAAGCCCCUCGGGAAGCCCCUCGAGAAGCCCCUCGAGAAGCCCCUCCGGAAGCCUCUGCUAAUGGGCUCGUUGUUUCCGAUGCGGAUCGGGUCUUAAAGCUGAAGCCGCCGCCUCAAUUCAUCGCGGUCUCCGCCCCCCGCCCCCCUUCCCUUGUAAUGCAACCCCUUUGCAAUACUCCUGACCCCCCGCCCCCCCUCCUGCAACUGCUGGUCCACCCCCUUGGAUCCCCCUUUGUAAUAGCCUUGCAACCCCACUCCAUCCCGUUUUGCAAUACUCCUGCAGCUCUUCAACAGAGAUUUGUGCAAAAGCGUACUUCUUCUGUGCGUGAGACAUCAGACAGAACUGAGACCUCGCUUCAGACAGGUCACCACAGGCCAUAUCACGAGCAACUCGGUCAGUCGGUCAGGCUCCCGUAG